UUGGAUCUUGUUAUCAUCAGUUGCAUUUUCUCUGUUAGUACCACUCCUGUACCUGGCAUCAUGCGCAUGUUGAGACUGACGGUGGUCACAUUGCUGGCUACAGCUUGCUGCACACUAACAGAUGGAGCAAUCAGCAUCACGUGUGAAGGCUCUGAUGCUUUACUGCAAUGUGAUGGAGGUAAGAUCCAUAUCAAGCGUGCGAACUACGGUCGUCGUCAACACGAUGUUUGUUCUAUUGGGCGCCCUGAUAACCAACUCACCGACACCAACUGCCUCAGCCAAUCCUCCACCAGCAAGAUGGCAGAAAGAUGCGGUGGGAAGAGCGAGUGUAUUGUCCCUGCAUCCAAUUUCGUUUUUGGAGACCCCUGUGUCGGGACUUAUAAGUACCUGGACACCAAAUACUCCUGUGUCCAACAGCAAGAAACAAUAAGCAGCAUCAUAUGUGAAGGCUCUGAUUCUCAACUACUAUGUGAUCGAGGUGAGAUCCGUAUUCAGCGUGCCAACUAUGGUCGUCGUCAACACGAUGUGUGUUCCAUUGGGCGCCCACAUCAACAACUCAAAAACACCAACUGCCUCAGCCAAUCCACCACCAGCAAAAUGGCAGAAAGGUGUGAUGGAAAGCGCCAGUGUAUCGUCAAGGUAUCCAACUCUGUGUUCGGUGACCCCUGUGUCGGAACCUAUAAGUACUUGGAUGUGGCUUACACCUGUGACUGUGUAUUGGAUAUUCUUAUCAUCAGUUGCAUUUUCUCUGUUAGUACCACUCCUGUACCUGGCAUCAUGCGCAUGUUGAGACUGACGGUGGUCACAUUGCUGGCUACAGCUUGCUGCACACUAACAGAUGGAGCAAUCAGCAUCACGUGUGAAGGCUCUGAUGCUUUACUGCAAUGUGAUGGAGGUAAGAUCCAUAUCAAGCGUGCGAACUACGGUCGUCGUCAACACGAUGUUUGUUCUAUUGGGCGCCCUGAUAACCAACUCACCGACACCAACUGCCUCAGCCAAUCCUCCACCAGCAAGAUGGCAGAAAGAUGCGGUGGGAAGAGCGAGUGUAUUGUCCCUGCAUCCAAUUUCGUUUUUGGAGACCCCUGUGUCGGGACUUAUAAGUACCUGGACACCAAAUACUCCUGUGUCCAACAGCAAGAAACAAUAAGCAGCAUCAUAUGUGAAGGCUCUGAUUCUCAACUACUAUGUGAUCGAGGUGAGAUCCGUAUUCAGCGUGCCAACUAUGGUCGUCGUCAACACGAUGUGUGUUCCAUUGGGCGCCCACAUCAACAACUCAAAAACACCAACUGCCUCAGCCAAUCCACCACCAGCAAAAUGGCAGAAAGGUGUGAUGGAAAGCGCCAGUGUAUCGUCAAGGUAUCCAACUCUGUGUUCGGUGACCCCUGUGUCGGAACCUAUAAGUACUUGGAUGUGGCUUACACCUGUGACUGAAUGACAUCUUCCUGGGGAACCUGAAAAUGUACAAGGCUUCUGGGAUAUCUUCAUCAGGUCGUUUUCCUCCAACCUCUAAAUCAACUUCAAUGACCAUUGUAAACCUGUGUACAUUGUGCUGAAGCAUUACUUAAACAAUUUCUGAACUGUGGUUGUUGGUCUGAAUAUAACGAAGCGGCAGGAAGACUAUACUAGUUGCCUCUUGUACAUUAAUAAAUGUCACACCAAUA